UUUACCAAAUAUAAUAUGACUAGUGCGAGUGUUUCGAUAACCGCCGAAUGGGGCGGAAGUAGUGAGAGCCGUGUGUCCCGGCUUCCCGAACCUCCAAGAUUGUUUACCAUGAUGCUGCGGAGUGUGGCUCGCGGGGCCUUCUGCAGGAAUGCGUCUCUGAGAGUCUCUUCCAGUAGCAGUGAGGCCCACAGAGCCUCCUCCCACUGGAGUGUCUCUCUCGUGGCCUCCUCCAGCAAGAGCGUGUACCUAAGAGAGAUCGUGUGGGUAGUGUUCGUUGGUGGGUGGCUCGUCCAGGCUGCCCUGGCAAUGAAAACAGGUGAGUGCGUGGAGAGCAGCCAAGCCGGGAACACACAAGUUACAUUCCAAAAUCGCCUGGAUUUUGGUUUUCACAUGUCAUCGCCUGCUCCUCCUCUCGCCUUUGAGCUGUGGAUUGAAGAUGCAGAUCAUCACACCCGAAAGUGGAUCUUCAAAAGGAAUGGGAUCAAUUAUGACAUUACCACAUCUUCAAAAAAAUCCUCGUCAAUUCUGGUGAUGGGAAAGGGCUGGACGAACUGGACGCUGACUAUUGUUAACAAGGCCGAGCUGAUGCUCAUCUAUAAUAACAACAACAUGGCCUACAAGUAUGGGCUCCCGGCACGCCCGGACGUCUGCCUCCGGCUCUCCCUACACAUGAUGCAACCCUUCCAACACCGCUUCUGUUAUCCAGAGGAAAGCAACCAGUGUGUGAUAACAACAACAACUAGCACCCUUGAAAUGGUCUCGAAAACACCUGAAACAACUACACCCGAAGACACGCCCGGAACAACUACACCCGAAGCCACGCCUGGAACAACUACAACCAAAGCCACGUCUGGAACAACUACAACCGAAGCCACGUCUGGAACAACUACAACCGAAGCCACGCCUGGAACGACUACAACUGAAACACCACAUACUUCUAAAACACCUGGAGCUCCUUCUGCAAGUAAAACACCUGAAAUUCUCCACGCAAAUACAUCUGCAAACCCUAGUAAAGAAGAGCCUCUGACCAGCUCUCCGGCCUCUGCCAUAAGACCCAUGAUUCCACCAAAGAAGGCGGCUGCGGACGCCAGAAACGACGACGAACCGGUGGCCAUCAGAAAGGAGAAGGAACUCGCUGGAGAGAGUACCUCUGCAGGACACACAACGGAGGGGAAACUAUAUGUUCUCGUCGCCCUUUUGCAUGCGUGGUUGAUGCUGUUGGCGUGAAGUAUAGAGUUAUGUUGCACAUAUUAAGGUGAUUCACGUCUUACGUUAGGGCUAUAGCAAUGACUUAAAUACUUUGUAUCAGGGCUUUAUCAGUAAUUAUUAUUUGAUACUUCAUACGACUGAUGAUCCAGUUCCCAUAUAGUAGAUUAUAUAUUUGCUAAAUUCAAGUCUUUUUAUAUUUCCUAAGUGCAACACACUGGGGUUUUAGGAUAAAAGAACAUAUAACCUGCAUAGGUGGGAACCAAAAAAUCCCUUACGCCUGGCUGUCAUUUCUUUAUGUAUCCCUUUUAAGACAUUUUUUUAUCAAUAAAAUUUGUUUUAAAUUGAAAAGG